AUGGAUUAUGGAGGGAGCAGAUGUUUGGUGUUGAUCACAGUGGGUCUCUUGCUCAUUCGUGUUCUUCUGCUGUUCUUCAUCAUACUGCAGCACAUCACCAUCACAGCAGACAGGGACCUGAUGAAGAGUUACAAGAACACACUUAAAGAGCUCAAUCAAACUAUCAACAGCUUACAAGACAAUUACACUGAUCUAAUGAUUGAAAAAGACCAUCUGCAGAAUAUUUUCAACUUUGUGAUCCAGAAGAAACUAGAGCUGGAGACCAGAGUCAGCAAUCUCACUGCUGAGAAAGACCAGUUACAAAUAAGUGUUGAAUCUUUGAGUCAGAAAAAACUGGAGCUGGAGACCACAGUCAACUACCUUAGUGCAGAUAAAGACCAGUUACAGAGAAGCGUUGCAUCUUUGACUCAGAAGAAACUAGAGUUAGAAAGCAGAGUCACAUCUCUCAGUGAUGAACUAAGCAAAAAAGCAUCUAAACGAUCGAAGAGCUGGUCUGACAGCAGACAGUACUGCAAGGAUCAUGGUGGUGAUCUGGUCAUUGUCAACACUGAAGAGAAGCAGAGACACAUAUCUUCAUUCAUUAAGGAAAGUGUGUGGAUGGGUUUGUCUGACUCAGAGAACGAGGGCAGCAUGAAAUGGGUGGAUAAUUCACCACUGAAUCAAGGGUUUUGGAGCUCAGGUGAGCCGAACAGCUUUCAUGGUACGGAUGAGGAUUGCAUUGAACUGAUUCCUACAAAAGACAACCUGAACAAUUGGAAUGAUCUGCCAUGCUCAUCUACACGAAAAUGGGUUUGCGAGAUUUAG